GUUGAGCGGCCGCCGUCGCCCGGGCUUUGCUUUGCCCAGCUGGGCGCUCUGCCCCGUCCCCUCAGGAUGGUCCUCCGCCCCUCCCUCCGCCUGCCCAGCAACAUGGAAGAAUCAGAAAUAGUUCCUGAGGCUGAAUCGUCUGAGGAAGAACUGAUUCACCUGAAUGUCGGAGGCUGGUGCUUCUCAGUUCCCAAAAGCAAAAUCGCCCAGUUUCCAGACUCUCUGAUCUGGAAAGAGGUUUCGGCUUUGACUCAGAAUGAAAACGUGCGCCUGUUCAUUGACAGAGAUGGUUACACCUUCAGGCACGUCCACUAUUACCUGCACACCUCCAAGCUGUCCUUCUCCAGCUGUGCUGAACUGAAUUUGCUGUAUGAGCAGGCCAUGCUUUUGCAGCUGACCCCACUAUUGCAGACCUUAGACAAUUUGAAGGAAGGAAAACAUAAUUUACGUGUCCGUCCUGCGGAUAUACCAAUAGCUGAAAGAGCAUCUAUGAAUUACUGGAGAACACGAAAAUGUAUCAGCAAGCCUUCAGAAUUUCCUCUUAAAAGUCCAGCAUUUACUGGAUUACAUGAGAAAGUCCCCUUAGGACUAAUGGACACUCCAUUGCUAGAUACUGAAGAAGAAGUGCAUUACUGCUUUGUGCCACUAGACAUGGUUGAAAAAUAUCCUUCCUUGGUCAAUGAUGACAACUUGCUGUGGCUGUCUGACAAUGCUGUGCUGAUAGAAUGUGAAAGCAGCGAGUUUCGCUUCAUAGCUAAUUUUCUUCGCUCAGAGAAGAUGCUUUUGCCUGACAACUUCUCCAACAUGGAUGCUCUGGAGGCUGAGGCUGAGGCAUUGGGGAUCCCCGAAGUCAUAGAAGCAGUGAAGACCUACAGGAGGAACCCUGGAAUCUCCUCAGAGGGAACAGCUGACCUUCAAGGCGUUGUGAAAAGCACCAUGAAGAAGCCGCAAGCUGUUCAGGAAGCAGCAAGUCUCCCUUUGUUCCCAAUGGCGCUUGGUCUCCUGGUCAAAUAUCCUGACUCUGCUCUGGGGCAGCUUCACAUGGAGAGUACCCUGGAUGGGAACAAGCUCUAUAUAUCAGGGAAUGGAGUUCUCUUUCAACAUGUCAUGAAUUGGUUAGGCACUUGCAGACUCCCACUUAUACGGAAGAUGUCGGAGCUUCCUGAACUCUGUGCCUAUUUGGAUCAAAUGGAUAUCAUAUAUGAGCCAAUGAAGGAUGCCUUGAAAACUUUUCUAAAACAAAAGGCACCUUUAGAAACCAUGGAAAAAGGAUGGGCAGCAGGACUAACAGUCUUUUCACUCCAUCAUAUUGUCAAAGUGUAUGUAGGAAGUCACUGGUACGCAACUUACUUGCAAACAUUACUGAAGUUUCCAGAGCUGCUGUCAAAUAGCAAAAAAGUGUAUUGGAUUACUUAUGGUCAGGCUCUCCUCAUCCAUGGAGAUGGACAAAUUUUUCGACACAUCCUCAACUUCCUUAGAUUUGGCAAACUCUUCUUGCCUUCUGAAUUUAAAGAAUGGUCUCUGCUGUGCCAGGAAGUGGCCGCGUAUCAGAUCCCUUCUCUUGUGGAGGCUCUUCAUCAAUAUGACACAUACAGGUUAUGGGUGCAACAACAGGAAGCUCAAAGAGCAGCUUUUCCAUUUAGAAGUCUUGAGAUUGCAGUGCCAGAGAAAGAACAAGAACAAGAGUCUGGUGAAGAGCCUCAAAAUCACUCCUAUAUUGCUGUGGAUUUAGACCAAUGUGCCAAUAGCUGGAAUAUAUCUAGAAAUACACGAGACCUGGAAGAAAGAGACAGAGUGAAUGAAAAGUCCCCCCACAUUUCCCCAACCAAGGGAUCAAAGCGAAGAAAUAACUGGGAAGGAUAUAGCCAGUCCACAGAUGGGUGGGACAGUUCCUGCUGUUUCAGACAGCCUGAAAGGAAAAGAGGAGCAAAAGGCAAUUUAACCAAAAAAUCUGAAAACAGAGACACUCCCAUCCAGAAGCUCAUUUCCCUAGUCCAGGGAUGGGAUAUGGCAAACUAUCGGCGCAGUGAAGCCCAGCAGGUGGCAACAUCCAAUGGUGUCAAAGUGGCUGAAGAGCCCGAAAGGAGGGUGCCUUGCAAUUUCCCACCAGCCACUUGCUUUGGGGUCACCAGUCCUGAGCUCACAAGUAAUGGGGAGCUGCCGAAAGCUGGGCAGUGCCUGCUGGGCAUCCCGGCUUCUGAGGCGUGGCUUGUCAAGAUUGGAAGACAAAGCAUUUCUGAGGAGGUUUCUUCAGGGGCUGAAAAUGUUGCAGCCAAGGAGCUGAGUGGCCAGAAAGAGAGAGAGAAAGGGACAUUCCCUGAACAAAGCAGCAGUGCUAUCAUGGAUGAGCCCCAUGGGGACACUGGCUUGAUUCUUAAAGUGGAGCAUCCUCCGAUUGUGGCUUGUGAUGGUUCCUGCUCAUCUCAUGAAAGCAGUAUUCUCUACAGCACACACCUGGAGGACAUGAAAGUAGCCAGUGGCCUAGAACACCCCAUGGCCAAAGAUAUUGUCUUUCUGAGCUUUCCAUUGUCACAAGAGGAGAUUUUUUAUGCCCGAAAGUGCCACUGCUUUCUCACCGAUGUCAUCUUGGAUUCCAUAAGGCAGAAGGACCCCAAGAAAAUGACUGCCAAAGUCGAGCUGCUUGUGCAGAGGCUGUGGAACCUAGAAAUCACAGCUAAGGAGUUUGUGGCUGACUUGCUGAAUGUGGCACCCUUUAAAGCAGAUAGUCAUGCUUGUGAGAAGUUACUGAAAUGGAUUGAAUUUACUCUGCCAUUUGCGUGGAAGUACAGUUGCUGCAUUGACCUGCUGAUAAAAAAAGGUUACUUUCAAUCACUCUCUCAUUUUGUCAUAGGGAAGUAUUUACAGAAACCUUAAUAAAACUGAAAUCCUUUGUUUCCCUCCAUCCAGAUAAA